AUGGACUUCUCCACGUUUUCUGAGGUCUUCUUCAAGCGCUUCAGGUUUUUUGGUGUGAAUCCUAAUUACAAAAAGGUGGGAAAUGGAAAGAAUGUUGAAAUUGUUCAGGAUAAGAUCGGUAUAAUUGUCGUGACGGUUUUCCUCGUGAUCUAUUGGGGAGCGAUUGUAAUGUCCUUCUUCCUGGAGCACAGAGGCAACGAUAGGAUCUCCUCCAUUUCCAACAUGAUUCAACUCAUUCUCAACGGAUUAUCCUUGACAACUAUCCUGAUUAACACUCUGAUGAAGUAUCGCACAUUUGCCGACGUUAUCAGUGGAUUUCAAGUGAUCGAUGAGAAUUUGCGGAGCGUUGGCAAGAGCAUUCGCUACAAUCGCUCCUUGAUCACAUCUAGGACUAUCUUGAUCCUGUUCGGCAGUUACCUCAUACUAUCUGUAUGCUUCGACGGCUAUGUGACUGUGCUGAGAUACAAGAUGAAUCCCAUUUGGUACUGGGCCGUGGCCACGCUGCCUUCAGUCAUCUACUCUCUGUCGCUGCUGCAAUCCAUGUUCCUCAUAAACUGGAUAUCCACACGAUGCCACCUGAUAAACAGCAUUCUGCGCCUUGACGGUCGCGCUAAGUACUUAAAAGCCUUGCCAGCUGUUACCAUGCUGACAGGAUCCAUGAAGGGUGAAAUGCAGAGAUCUGUGGAACUCAUCACAAAGAUCUACGACAUCAUGAGCAAUAUUUGCCAACUCUCCCGAACAUUGGACUUAUUCCUAGGACCAACUUUCUUAACCACCAUCACGGCAAUCUUCGCAGUCACAUCCAUCCAAGUGUACUACAUCUAUGUGACAACAAUAACAAUGAAUGCACUUCCAGAAUCCUCAGGAUUCUCUGUGUGGAGCCUCAUGGUGUCUCUGAACAUUGUCCUGAUGAACAUUUUUCUCGUGAUUGGCAUUACAACCAUUUGCGAGCGGGUCAACAUGGAAACCAUAAGAAUUCUGCAGAAUUUUUCAGAUUUGCAAAUCAACAAGGAAGUGCCGGCAGAAUUGAGCAUUUGGCUCCAUCCGAUGAUCUCCCACAUGAAAUUCACUGCCUUUGGCUUCUUCUCCAUCGACUACACAAUGCUAUGUGGGUUCAUGACGGCCACAAUCACCUACCUCGUAAUCUUCAUCCAAUUCUACUCAAUCGAUCCUGCUCAUGGCAAUACAAACGUCGUCCGAGGUGUUCAGGGAGUUCAAGGGCAAAGUCCCCACAGUGGACCCUCCUUGACAAUGAAAUCACUGUCAUAA